AUGCCAACCAAACAAAAAACAAAGCCAUCAUCAUCCAAAACGGACAAGCUGGUCGAGUUGGAUGCUCUUGACCUGGGACCAACAGAAACGGCAGCAAGCGGAGUGGAAAUUACUGGAGAGAGUACAUCAAAGAAAAAGAGGUCUACAUCAUCAUCGGCUCAAAAAAAGAAGGGACCACCUCCACCCUCCGAGCAAGGUAUUGAAGUACUCGGAAGAAAAUACAGCAAGGUAGAGCUUAUUGGUAAAUUAUUACAAUCAUCAGGGAUCCAAUGUAUUCCAAAAACUGUCUUGAUGGAGAACGCAAAGAGAAUUCUUCAACAAGAUAAAUUCACGAAUCUGUUGCAGGAUCCAGAAGAACCCAUGAAGGAAAUUCACGGUUACAAGAUGGGAACUAGGGCUUUUGAAAUGUUGAGAGAACAUGUUGAUUAUGAAUUAACUAAUUUAAUGUACAUUGCAAACGUUCUUACUGUUGCAAAAGGAAAAAUCACAAUUGGUGAAGGAGAAGUUCUUUUGGCACGUCUUAUUCAAAAACAUCAAUUGAGCUUGCAUGGUAACAAGGAGGGCACACAGAAGGCUCUAAUCAAAUGUCAAACACCAAAAGCAAGAGACACCAUCGUUCUUGGUCAAGAUGUUCACAUUGACAAGAUUGCAACAAUAUUAGAGGAAGCCAUUUCAAGCAAACAUCAUGAUCUUUCUGUGGGUGACUUGAACAGCCAUAGAGUCGAUGAACUUAGAAAGGCCAUCAAAAAAGCUGAGCAAAAAUUGUACAAUGAAGAUGGUACUAGAAAGGAGCCAAAGAAGAGAAAGAAGGAGGAAGUGAAGGAAGAGGAAGAAGAGGAAAAAUCAGCCACUUCUGAGAAAAAGAAGGAACCAAAAACUAAAAAAACUAAACCUUCUGCUGAGGAAAAGAAGACAGAGACAAAGCCAGCUGAAAAGAAGGAGGAAAAGUCUGAGAAAAAGGAAAAAUCAGAAUCUCAAAAGAAGAAGUAA